AUUUGAGCAUAUAUUAAUCAAAGAAUGCCCGUAGAACUGUUCGCAGGUUUCUUUUGGAAUUAAAAUUUUCAGAACAUUUCAGUUUACCGAUCGGUUACACGACUAUUUCGAAAUUGUAGUAUAAACACAUGUUUAUUAUCUCAGUUGAAUUAGGAAAUGUGUUGAGCUUCGCUGACUUGCCGAGGGGUUUUAAUUUCUCCACAGUACUGUUGGAGAGUAUAUUAAGCUGGAAUAACAGUGUGUUCUAGAUGAGUGUUCCAAACGAUAUUGCAUUGUAUGAUUUGUCGGUCAAAGCAGGUGUUUCUAUGGACAACAAAGUUUUCAGGAAGAUAUACGAGCUGAUUUCCCUUGGUUGUAGUCCAGAUGUCAUUUUUUCUAUGCUGAAAUACCUUGCAUCAGUUCAUUUAAACGUUUCCAGUGAUCCAGUUGAUUAUAAUUCUACCUAUACGCCGACCAUCGACAGAAGUAAUGAAUAUCAAUAUCAUCAGAUGAGUGCAUUAAAAUGUAAUGAUAACACAUUGGUAUCAAGUCGGAAUUUAGAAUCACAACAAACUAUUCUCACCAAUUCCAGUGAUUGCGAUCUGCCUUUUAAUCAACAAAACUGUGAAACAUUUACCAUUUUAUCAAACAAAUCAAGAGGCCUACCACCAUAUACAUCAAAUUAUAACCCACAAUAGCCUUGGAUGAAACUAAUAUUUCACUUGCCGUGUAGUCUUUUAUACUUCACGCAUUGUGUAUAUACAUAAGUGAUAGAAUGCGUUUUUGAAGAAAGAUGCUUUCAUAUCACAUUUGAAACGUUUACUGUCGUUUAUUUCACCACAGCUUCAUAUAUUCUAAUUUAAAGAUGGCAACAUAUAUAUUAUUACAAAAAAAAUAGGAUUCUUUUUCAGUAUAAUGUUGUAAAUUGUAUCAUUACCUUGAAUGAAGAGAGAAGCUGUUUAUUCAUACUUUAUCCUUCCUCAUAUUUUUGUUUUUUGGUUGAAGAAAAUACAUUUAAGCAAAUAAUAAGUGAUUCAAAGGUAUCUGUUGAGCAUUUCACGUUGAUAUGCCUUUUCUCUUUUGAUUUGUGUUGUUUCACGUCGUUAGAGAAACAUGAAAUGAAUUUCCUGAUUGAUUUUUACUAGUAGUGUUGUCAUUUGCCCUUGUAUCAAGAUGAUAUUCGUUUUCUAAAUAAAUAUAAAAUGCAUUGGUGUGAUUAA